ACAUAUGAUGUGUCCAACAGUUGAGGAGCGUCUUUCAGCGUGUACACUCGUCAGCUUGUUGCAUUCUCGGCAUUUUUGUGUAAUUUCUUUGCGAUAAAAGUGUGUUACUGGCAAUAAAUAGUUUUAGAAUAAAACAGCAUUAUGAUUUUGCGACAAUGGUAUAGGAAAAAGUAUAUCUUCUACGGUGUAGCUCUAUUGAUGGUGUUGGUUUUUUUCACUAGUGGAACUAGGGAAUAUAAUAUUGGCGCAACGAUCCGCAAAACUAAGCCGGAAGUGGUAUGGGAAUAUGUGGCAGAUUUUAGCAAAACACGCGCGUUGAAUCCGACUGUUUUGAGCUUCAGAGUUAUUAGCGAUACCGGACACACACAUGAUUGGCGUUAUACAGUUGAAUACUCGGAGCGUAUGUUCCAUUGGCCUUAUUUCUUGAACAAGGCGAAAGCUGAGUAUAUCGUUACAAAGUCUAUGCCGGGAGAGGAAGAUCCCAAAUAUACGAUUGAGUCGAAGCAUACAACAUGUUUCUUCACAGAAUUCUAUUGUUUGAUCUCGUAUAGCGAAUUUACAUGUCGCGCUGACGGCGAUGACACCUACUGCGAAGAGCACAUAGAAUAUCAGUGCCCACCAUUCUUGCACUUCUUCUGUCGUAAAGAAUUAGAACAACAACGUCAAACAGUUAUGCACAAUUUAACAACGAUAUUUAGUAAAAACGAAUAAUAUGCAUACUCAAAAAUUUCAAUUCAUUUAUGUAUUUCAUUUAUUUCAAUGUUUUUAGUUAUUUCUUUUUUGUUUCUUAAAUAUUUGAAUUUUAUUUAACAGUGAUUUUAAUUUACACUGGCGUGUAAACAUAUGUAUAUGUAUGUGUAUGUAUUUGUAUAAUAUUAUUAAACACUAGAACAAAACUAAUGUAAAAGUAUUUAGUUUUAUUUUUUGUUAGUUUUUAAAAGUAUGUAUAUAUGUAUGUAAAAUUUCCAAUUGCAUUGCUUUGUUUACAUAUGUAAUAGUUAAAUACGAGCGAUACAUGAGCGUUCAAUGGCCGAUGCGUAAAAGUUGUACUCAGCAGUUUUAUGUAUGGGGGCACAGACAUUUCAACUGUCUUAAAUUAAAUGUCCAUACUUUGAACUAAUUCUUGUGUAUAUAUGUAUUUGAUUAGUUUCUAAAAAUGUAGGUAAUCAUAAAAAAUCAUGUGUGUAAUUACGUUAAAAUUGAAUAAAGGUACAUUAAAACUGUCUAAA